AUGUCGGAAUUGAUGAAUAUUUUUGAUUUACUUCUUCUUCGCCCCAAACACCCCCCCCAGCCUGCCAAACAGCAGAUUCUGGCAUACCGCGCUCUCCCUCGCCAUCCGCUCGAAAUCAUCGUCGUGAACCCGUCCUCAUUACAUCGCCUCCGCCGAUUCGCAAUUCGUCUCUGCAGCGCCCUCUCUCGCCCCGGCUUCCUCCAGACGCACGACCCCUCCGCUGUCACCUUGAGCCCGGCUCACCUCAAGGAUAUGGCCUUGCUCGUUGCUGCAGGCCUCACACGAUCGUCCUCCGUCACCAUCAUUCCCGCCACGCCCACGCCGGUUCCGCCUGGCGCUUCGCGCUACAACAUCCCGUCGCGUCUCAGCAUUGACAGCACCCCUCUUGUACAAAGGUACGCUAUCAUAAUUCAGACCGCCCCUCUAGCCACCUCACCGACCGUCGGUCGCUCACCUACUUGCUCUAGCUCCUCAAGAGAUGACUCGCAAGUUUCGCCUACCACUUCGACUGUCGCUGCUCGAGGCGCCAUGUCCCCCUCCUCCGUCAACUCCAACCUCUCCAACCAUGAGCGCCGUUUCGGCGACUUCAACAACUAUCGCCGCGACCUAGCCAUCCUCGACCAACCCCGAGCCAGCAACUCAAUCUCCAGCAACAACCCUCCCACCGCUCUCGUUGCGCCCUGGAUGUCUCACAGCAACUCGGCGCCCGGCGGCAACGGCAAUUCGCUGCCCUUGAGCUUCUACAACGAUUCUACCGAUAGUAUUUCCGUUAAUUCCCACCAAGUCUCCCCGGCUCUGCACCCAUCCGCACCUCGCACCGGCCAGCUGUCAGUGAGCUACGACUCGCCCGAUGCCAUUUACUAUAAUCACGAUGCGAGGAGACCAUCCGCUGCUAGCGUCGCGACCACGGCCAGCAGCCAAGGAUCCAAGGCUAGCGUCCCAAGGGGCGGAUUCCGUAAACUUCAGGGCUUCUUUGGCGAAGAGUUUCCAGGUCGCGAUAGCUCCGAGAGCAGCUUGCCGGGCUCGAUAGGAAAAGACCAGCGCUCUCGCUCCUACAGCCAUACGCGCCCUGGCCAAGAGCGCCAUCAUUCAAAUGCUACCGACAGAGAAGCGUCGCCAGCUUCGUCCCGGCCGAGGACACCCGUGCCCGCGCCCGAGGUCGUACCAUUUCUUUAUCAAGAUAACACGUUGCUACUUAGCCCCCGUUUGCACUUUGCAGUCUCCGUGGCACCCGUGGCACCUAUCACAACUUCUAACACAAUCAAACAGGACAUUGCACGCUAUGGCGAGGCCCCCGUAAGGGAUACGAUGACCGGACCCGAUCGAGACCGUUACAUGAACGAAGGGUCAUCUCGCGAACCCCCGCCCAAGUCCUCCUCCUCUGCCAGAUCUGGUCACUCUAUUUUGCCGAGCCACCACCAUCACCACCACCAUCGACAUAACAAGAGUAACGAUGAUCCUCGCGCACUGAGGCCAUCAACGAGCCGAGAAGAGUCCGCCGCUAGCCUGCAACAUCCCCGCGACCGAGGAAUGGCUUCGGUCAUGUACAAGACAAAAUCGAGGGCACAGAGCCCGACCCCCAGCGCCAGCAGUGUACCCGCCUCACGCACUGGCCAGACAGACGGCCAUGCAUCUCCCGGACAUGGCAAGCGCGGCAUUUUGGGGCGCUUGCGGCGACAUAAAGAUAGAGAAGAAAACGGCUCGAAGCUGCGAGAUCUGCCUCCGUCAACAAAGUCGCUCUCCAACAAGCUCUCCAAAGCUGACUUUGCUCGAACCGAAACGCCUUCACCAAUCCCACCCGAGUGGAGCGCUGGCACGCCAGACGCGGCUCGAUCGACGACGUUUAAUAACAAAUUCCCAUUCUCCAAGAAGAGCCGGAACUUCCGACAACCCGACUACCAUGACGAGGCCAUCGGACCAACCGAGCAUCGGGCUGCUGGCCACGUCUAUCAUCUUGACACCAAUCUAAACGACAUGGAAGGCAUAUUGACGAGGCCCCCUCCGUUAACACCGUUGGACUCCAGCUUUCUCAAGAGCUUGGAAGGGGAUAUUGACACCGGCCCCCCUGAUCCAAAAGGCCAGUGGGAUGCGCCUGACAGUUGGGCUGUGCGCCGCAAUGCCGAAGAUCAAACUGACGAGGCCCCUGAAACCGAAGAAGCCGCCUGCCCGCCUGAUUCCGAGGAAAAGCAAUCGCCAUACUGCAUCCGCAUAUUUCGAUCCGACGGUACAUUUCUUACGCAUGCGAUGCCUCUCGACUCUACUGUCAGCGACGUCAUCACACAAGUCAUGAAGAAGACAUAUGUUGUCGACGGCCUCGAAAACUAUAACAUUAUAAUGAAGAAGCACGAUUUAAUCCGCGUUUUGACACCACAAGACCGGCCACUACUAAUACAGAAGCGUCUAUUUCAGCAAGUUGGCUACGAGGAAAAGGAUCGGAUCGAGGACCUCGGCCGAGAGGACAACGGCUAUUUAUGCCGAUUCAUGUUCUUGUCAGCGCGUGAGAGCGACUUCCACGCUAGAACCAUGGAUCUCGGCAUGUCGCAACAACAAAAGCUCAAUUACGUCGACCUUUCUGCCCGCAACUUGGUCACUAUUCCUAUUUCGCUUUACCUGAAAGCAGCCGACAUCAUUUCCCUCAAUCUGUCGCGCAACCUGUCUCUCGACGUCCCGCGAGAUUUCAUCCAGUCAUGCAAGCAAUUGCGAGACAUCAAGUUCAACAAUAACGAAGCGAGAAAGCUACCGCUCAGCCUCUGCAGAGCGGCCAAGCUCACCUACCUAGACGUCUCCAACAAUCGUGUCGAGCAACUCGACAAUGCUGAGCUGGAUACGCUAACGGGUCUCUUAAAAAUGAACCUUGCCAAUAACCGUUUGACGCAUAUCCCACCAUACUUCAACGCAUACCAGUCUCUCCGAACGCUCAACAUCUCCUCCAAUUUUCUCGACACCUUCCCGAAGUUCAUCUGCGAAUUACAGAGCUUGGUUGAUCUUGACCUCAGUUUUAAUUCAAUUGGCGAAUUACCGGACGGGAUUGGACAACUCAAGAACCUGGAAAAGUUGCUCAUUACCAACAACCGACUGGGCAGCGAGGUGCCUCAAACGUUCCGAGAUCUGAUUAGCCUGCGUGAGCUUGACAUCAAGUACAACCACAUCACCAACAUUGACGUCAUCUCCGAACUGCCGAAACUGGAAAUCCUGCACGCUGCGCACAACCAGAUCUCAUCCUUCGUGGGUGGCUUCGAGCGUAUUCGUCUUCUGAAGCUCAAUUCCAAUCCUCUAAACAAGUUCGAGAUUACCGCGCCUUUGCCCACUCUCAAGACGCUUAACCUCUCACACGCUCAGUUGGCGAGUAUUGAUUCGGCCUUUGCGCAUAUGAUGAACCUCGAGCAACUGGUGCUUGACAAAAACUACUUUGUAUCGUUGCCACAGCAGCUUGGAGCCUUGAGCCGACUGGAGCAUUUUAGCAUUGCCAAUAACUCUGUUGGCGAGCUGCCUCCACAAAUUGGGUGUCUCACAGAACUCAGGGUACUGGACGUGCGAGGAAACAAUAUUUCGAAACUCCCAACUGAAAUUUGGUGGGCCAACAAGCUCGAAAUUCUCAAUGCAUCGUCCAACGUUCUCGACAACUUUCCAAAACCGGCUUCCCGUCCGCCGCGCGUCCCCGGUGAGGACUCUGCUGGCCCACCUCCCUCGCAGAACGGCAGAACUGGCCCGCUCGUACCUCUCUCUACCACGCCAAGCACAGAAGAACUUGGAGACGACCGGCGUCCCAGCCAGGCUUCCAGUACCUUGCUGAGUGUUGGGCCUUCACCAACCCAACCGGACCGGAAGAGCUCUGUUACUACCUCCUCUACCGUUACGCCUCCACCGUCCACCUCUAGGAAAGACUCUGGAAUGUCCUCGAGGUUUACGAAUACAUUCGCCGGCUCGCUCCGUAAUUUAUCUCUUGCAGACAACAGACUAGACGACGAUGUCUUUGACCAAAUUACAUUACUCACCGAGCUUCGCAUCCUCAACUUAUCCUACAACGAAGAGAUUGGCGACAUGCCUCAGCGAUCCAUCAAGAGCUGGCCGCAGCUCGUCGAAUUGUAUCUUUCCGGCAACGGCCUGACGACGCUACCGGCCGAUGAUUUGGAAGAAACCAGCCUGCUCCAAGCAUUGUAUAUUAACGGGAACAAGUUUACCAACCUUCCAGCUGAUAUUUCAAGGGCCAAGAAGCUGGCUGUUCUUGACUGCGGCAACAACUCGCUGAAAUACAAUAUUUCCAACGUGCCUUACGACUGGAACUGGAACUUAAACCCGAAUCUGCGGUACCUCAACCUAUCCGGCAACAAGCGACUCGAGAUCAAGCAAAGCGCUUGGGGUCCUGGCGGUCCUGGCGCAGUGAAUCGUGAGGAGUACACCGACUUCAGCAGACUCCUCAAUCUCCGAGUUUUAGGACUGAUGGACGUGACUCUCACCCAACCCAGCAUUCCCGAUCAAAGCGAAGACAAGCGAGUGCGUACUUCCGGUUCGCUGGCCGGUCACCUUCCCUACGGUAUGGCGGAUACCCUCGGCAAGAACGAGCAUCUGUCUACUGUGGAUUUGGUGGUGCCGCGAUUCAAUUCUUCAGAUACCGAAAUGCUCCUAGGCUUGUUUGAUGGUCAAGCACUGUCCAGUGGCGGAUCCAAAAUUGCCAAGUACUUGCAUGAGAAUUUCGGCCAUAUUUUCGCCAUGGAGCUCAAGGCCCUCAAGACGCGCAAGAAUGAGACUCCAGUCGAUGCCCUGCGCCGAGCAUUCCUUUCGCUCAACAAAGACCUUGUCUCUAUUGCUGUGCAGCACGCUGAAGACCGCCCUAAGAAGUCGCACAGGGGCUCUGCACAGCCAGUCGUCCUCAGCAAGGAAGAUCUCAAUUCUGGAGGUGUUGCCACAGUAUUAUAUCUGCAAGGCAUGGAUCUCUAUGUUGCUAAUAUUGGCAAUGCCCAGGCCAUGGUCAUCCAGACCGAUGGCAAGCACCAAAUGCUGACGCAUAAACACGACCCUGCUGAGCCGAGUGAGCGGUCUCGCAUUCGUGAAGCUGGCGGCUGGGUAUCUCGUAAUGGUCGCCUCAACGACUUGCUAGAAGUGUCUCGUGCUUUUGGGUAUGUAGACUUGAUGCCUGCUGUCCAAGCUGCGCCGCACGUUCGCCAGAUGACGAUUCAAGAGCAUGAUGAGAUCAUCCUCAUCGCCACCAGUGAGCUCUGGGAGUAUCUCUCUCCCGGUUUGAUCACUGAUGUAGCUCGAUCUGAACGCCAGGAUCUGAUGCGUGCUGCCCAAAAACUGCGCGACCUCGCCAUGGCCUACGGCUCUUCUGGAAAGAUUAUGGUCAUGAUGAUCAGCAUUGCCGACUUGAAGCGCAGAAUGGAGCGAUCUCGACUGCACCGUGGCACUAGCAUGUCACUCUACCCGUCUGGCGUCCCUGAUGAUGCGCAGGUCCUCUCUACGAGAAGAGGCCGCAAGACCAAGGGAGAUGUGCUGGACUCGUCACUGAAUCGUUUGGAAGCUGAAAUCACUGCGCCGACUGGCAAUGUGUCCAUUGUCUUUACUGACAUCAAGAACUCUACGACGCUCUGGGAAAUGUAUCCUACCGCCAUGCGAUCAGGUAUCAAGCUCCACAACGAAGUGAUGCGACGACAGCUGCGACGCAUUGGUGGUUAUGAAGUCAAGACGGAAGGAGAUGCAUUUAUGGUAUCUUUCCCAACCGGCACCUCUGCGCUGCUGUGGUGCUUCGCCGUUCAAAACGAGCUCUUGGAGGUCACCUGGCCAUCUGAGAUUCUCAGCUCCAUGUCUGGUCAAGCCGUGUACGAUAAGGACAACACGCUGAUUUUCAAGGGCUUGUCAGUGCGUAUGGGUAUUCACUUUGGUGACUGUGUGAGCGAGACUGAUCCGGUCACUCGUCGCAUGGACUACUUCGGUCCCAUGGUCAACAAGGCAUCCCGAAUUUCGGCGGUAGCAGACGGUGGCCAGAUCACUGUAUCGUCUGACUUUAUUUCCGAGAUCCAACGAUGCCUAGAAAACUACCAGGACACGGACCGGUCUGGCUCUGCAGGAUCAGAGGAGGGAUAUGAUGACGAAUCCUACGCCAGUGCUAUCCGCAAAGACCUCCGCAGCCUCACCUCGCAAGGAUUUGAAGUCAAAGAGAUGGGCGAGAAAAAGCUGAAGGGCCUCGAAAAUCCCGAGAUUGUCUACUCGCUGUAUCCUCACGCGCUCGCCGGUCGCACCGAGUACCACACUCAGCACGAACGGCGCGAUGAGCUCGAGAAACCCGCUGCUGUUGCGCCCGGCGGCGAUCUCUCGUUUGACCCCGAAAACAUUUGGGCGCUCUGGAAGAUUAGCCUGCGACUGGAGAUGCUGUGCAGCACGCUGGAGGAGGUGCGCGGCCCGGGCCUGCAGCCGCCCGAGACGGAGCUGAUGGAGCGUCUGAAGACGCGGGGUGGCGAAGUGACGGAGCGGUUCCUCGUCAACUUUAUGGAGCACCAAGUCAGCCGGAUCGAGACAUGCGUGUCCACCCUGGCGAUGCGCCACCUCGCCAAGGGCAACGUUGUGCUGAAGGAGCUUAACGACCUGCGCGCACCCAUGGCGGCCAUCUUUGAUCACUUCAAGAAGCAGCAAGAGGAGCUGGCGCGAUACAGGCAGCUCUAUGGGCCCCUCCCCGACGACAACACGAAGCAGAUUGAAGCCAGCAGCGACUAG